CAUAACCUUAAACACUCACGUCAUUUUCAAGUGAUUUUUGCAAAAGAGGGGCGCCGCUAGCAGAUCUCACACAAAGCACGAGUUUUCGACUGAUUUACGGAUUUUUUCAAAAAAUUUUCAAUAAAAAAUGUUUGGUGGACAACAGCCCAUAUUGGUUUUGAGCCAAAAUACCAAAAGAGAGUCUGGCCGAAAAGUGCAGCUGGAAAACAUAAAUGCCGGAAAGGCCAUUGCUGAUGUUAUCCGCACUUGUUUGGGCCCACAGGCCAUGUUGAAAAUGUUGAUGGAUCCUAUGGGUGGCAUUGUUAUGACCAAUGAUGGUAAUGCCAUUUUGCGUGAGAUCACCGUCCAACAUCCCGCUGCCAAGAGCAUGAUUGAAAUUGCUCGCACCCAAGAUGAAGAAGUGGGUGAUGGCACCACAUCGGUCAUUGUUUUGGCCGGUGAAAUGUUGGCUGCUGCCGAACCUUUCUUGCAACAACAAAUCCAUCCCACCGUCAUCAUUCGGGCCUACCGCGAAGCCUUGGAGGAUAUUAUUAAACAUUUGCAAACAGAUUUGAGCACUGUUUUGGAUGUUAAUAAUAAGGAGAAAAUGGCUGAGGUUGUCAAGUCCUGUGUCGGUACCAAAUUCAUUGGCAAAUGGUCCGAUUUGGCGGUGAAUAUUGCUUUGGAUGCCGUGAAGACUGUCACUUUGAAUGAAAAUGGUCGUUUGGAGGUUGAUAUUAAGCGUUAUGCCAAGGUUGAGAAAAUCCCCGGCGGUUCCAUUGAUGAGUCCUGCGUCUUGAAGGGUGUCAUGAUCAACAAGGAUGUUACCCACCCCAAAAUGCGUCGCUAUAUUGAAAAUCCUCGCAUUGUUUUGUUGGACUGCUCCUUGGAAUACAAGAAGGGCGAAAGUCAAACCAAUGUCGAAAUUGUUGGCGAACAGGACUUCACCCGCAUGUUGCAAAUCGAGGAGGAAUUUGUCCAACGCAUUUGCGCCGACAUUAUUGCCUUGAAACCCGAUGUUGUCUUCACCGAAAAGGGUGUCUCCGAUUUGGCUCAACACUACUUGUUGAAGGCCGGCAUUACUGCCAUCAGACGCUUGCGUAAGACCGAUAAUUUGCGUAUUGCCCGCGCCUGUGGUGCCACAAUUGUCAACCGUACCGAAGAACUGACCGAAAAAGAUGUCGGUACCGGAGCUGGUCUCUUUGAAAUUAAGAAAAUCGGUGAUGAAUAUUUCACCUUUAUUACACAAUGCAAGGAUCCCAAGGCUUGUACCAUUCUGUUGAGAGGUGCCUCCAAGGAUAUUCUCAACGAGACAGAACGUAAUUUGCAAGAUGCCUUACAUGUUGCACGUAAUUUGGUAAUUGAACCACGUCUAGUGCCAGGUGGUGGUGCCAUUGAAAUGGCCUUGUCACAACUUCUAACCCGCAAACAAUUGAAGGGCCCAUACACUGCUGUGGCCGAAGCUUUGGAAAUUAUUCCACGUACAUUGGCUCAAAAUUGCGGUGCCAACACAAUUCGUACACUGACCGCCUUGAGAGCCAAACAUGCUUCCCACUCGGGUGAUGGUGUCUGUGCCUGGGGCAUUGAUGGUGAAUCUGGUGAAAUUGUUGAUAUGAAUGUUAAGGGUAUUUGGGAGCCAUUGGCUGUUAAAAUGCAAACAUACAAAACUGCUGUAGAGACUGCCAUUCUUUUGCUGAGAAUUGAUGAUAUUGUUUCUGGUUCCAAGAAGAAGGGUGGUAAUGAACCAGUUAACCCCGCAGCUGCUGCUGCCGGUGCUGAAUAGACAGCUCCACA